AUGAUGUCUGACCAAGAAACUGGCCUAAAACCUCAAAGGAAAGCGUCGACCGAUAAGAAUAUCAAGAAGCUUCGCAGUCUAAACACGGUUUGUAGCCUGGCAAAUAGCUGGCAGCAUUGGGUUUCGGAGAAUGAGAAAAAGCAAGCUGCAGAACCGAGUGGAUGGUCUCCAUCAUGGUUGGAUUCAGCACAGGAACCCGAAAAGAUUCCGAAAAAGUCCAUUCCCAGACAGAAGACAGAAGAUUCUCAGACUCACAUAGACACUGUGAGCUUGGACCAAGAUGGAACCGAGGCUGAACAUGGCAUCAAAUCUGACAUACCACUGAUUCCAUCCUUGAUCAAAACAAAGUUGGUACUGAAGACCGUGACCAGCAAGCCACAGGACAGAAGUGUUGGAAUCAAGUUCCUGACAAAGAAAAUUGAAAAAGAGGCUCUGCCAUCAAGUGAGGAUAUUGACAGAUUCCUGAAGACAAAAAUCUCUCCAACACGUCGCAGAAAAUGUUCUAACAUGGUUUCAUCACUGACCCAAAGCUGGAAAACCAUAGAAAAUGAACAGAAUCUUCGAAAGGAAGACAAUCCGGAAGAUCAACAGAUUGUUGGUGAUGGAAAUCCAAAGAAAAAUGGAGAUUCUAGAUUAGAAACCGAGACUUUAAACAUUGAGGACAGCUAUGGAACAUCUUCGAUUAACUCGAUCUGUGAUGGAGAACCAUCAAUUACAAUCAAGAGAUCCCAAGUCUUAAUGUCCGGAAAGGAAGCUGUUGACGCCAAUAAGAUCAGCGCUCUCUCAAAGAAAUACAGCUCUGUUGGGAAUCUCAAGAACCGCUGGCAGAACUGGGCCUCGGAACACACGGAUAACCAGAAACUAAACCCCUUCAGUGAAUACUUUGACUAUGAGUACUCUAUGUCACUCCGCCUUCAAAAGGGUCAAGAUGGAUACGGACGCCCUAAAGAAGGGACUAAAACGGCAGAGAGAGCAAAACGUGCUGAGCAACACAUCCAUCAAGAGAUUGCCGAUAUGUGUUACGUCAUCAGGACUAUGGCUGAUCCGGACCCAGAUGGAAAGACCAGAAUUACAUUCGGAGAAUUGUUUGAGAGAUAUGUUCGAAUCUCUGAUAAGGUGGUGGGGAUUCUGAUGAGAGCCCGGAAACAUGGGAAGGUCCACUUUGAAGGGGAGAUGCUAUGGCAGGGACAGGAUGAUGGAGUAAUCAUUACUCUACUCGUAUAAUAACAUUUUAAAGCAAUACAUUUUUUUUAUGAAUUAAUCUACUUGUAAAAAGUUUGGUCAUAUUUUUGUUUUUACAAAAAUGAAAAUUGUCACUGUCCUUAGUCAUCAUAAAUUUCUACU